AUGCAGUAUCUUCUUUCAUUGCCCGGGAAAAGCGUCAGGACGAAGGUCCUGUUUGGAUUUAAUCAGUGGUUCCAUGUCCCUGCAGAAAAGCUCAUGGUCAUCAAUCGUGUCGUGGAAUUACUCCAUACAGCAUCACUACUAAUUGACGAUGUGCAAGACGAGUCAAAGCUUAGACGUGGUCUACCAGCGGCACAUUGUAUCUUUGGUGUUGCGCAAACAAUAAACGCUGCGAACCAUGCCUAUUUUAUGGCCCAGAAACAUUUAGCGAGGCUUGAUAACCCUGAAACCUUCAGAAUAUUCACUGAAGAACUUCUCAAUCUCCACAGAGGCCAAGGGAUGGAUAUUUACUGGCGUGAUUGCCUUGUAUGUCCAACUGAAGAAGAGUAUCUGGAUAUGGUCUCGGAUAAAACUGGGGGGCUCUUCAGACUAGGGAUACGGCUUAUCCUAGUGGAAAGCAGGAAAGCUAGUGAAAAUAGCUUGACUCUUGUUGACUUGCUUGGGAUUGUGUUCCAGAUAAGGGACGACUAUCAGAACAUAUGGAGCGAUGCCUAUGCAGGCAAGAAGGGAUAUUGCGAGGAUUUGACAGAGGGGAAGUUCUCAUUCCCUAUUAUUCACAGCUUUCUUUCAGAUUCCGAAACCUUGCAACUGAUUCACAUCCUCAAACAGAGGACUGAAGAUGAUACAGUCAAGAAUUUUGCUAAGGAAUAUAUGGAAUCUAGAGGGAGUCACAUUUAUUGCAAGCAUCGAGUAUCUUCUCUCAUGCAACAGGCUAGAGAUUUGGUGAAAGAAAUCGAGACCGAAAUGGGCAAAUCUCCUGGAAUUAACGAGAUUUUGGAUUACUUGGAAUCUUAA